AAAUAACAAGAAGAGCCACGCAGAAGAGCUGGCAUCUCUAGAGCAAGACUUGAAGACAGAAAAUAAGAAGAGAGUAAUGCUUCAGUGGAAGCUAUUGUACUUAGCAAAGCAGAGAAAACUCUUUUUCUCAGAGGAGGAGAAUAUAAACAGAAAAGUUAAUGAAAGAAUAGAUGCUGGCAAAAAAAGGCAUGCUGAACUACUUCUGGAGAUUGAAGACCUUGAGAAAGAGCUUUUUCAGUCUGAAAACCAAAUCAAAGCCCUGAAUGAAGAGGCAAGUAAGAGGGAAAAUGAUUACAGGAAUUAUAAUGAGGAUUUUACAAACAAAAUGAAAUGUCUGGAGAAUGACAUCAAAACUGCAACUGAAAAUCUACUUAAAAAAGAACAAGAAUUAAACAUAAGCAGGCUAACCUUGGAAGAAACCCAGAGAGAAACAGAACAGAAGUAUGCAAAAUACGAAGAACUGAGGAAAUCAUUUUUAGCAAAGAAAGAUGAAGAGGUACGAGUCAAAAGAGCCAUUCAGGAGUCAAUCAAAACUACUGGGAAGCUCAAGGAGGACAUGCUGGAGCUGAGGAACAAAUUGCAGAUCAAGCGUGAUGCUGCAGUUGUCCAACUGAAAAACCAUACAGAGACUAUGAAGCUGCUAGAGCGAGACAUCUAUGAGAUCAACAGGAAACUUGACAUUGUGAACACUGAGAACUGCAGACUCAAACUAUGCAAUGCGCAGCUAAAAGAAGAUAUUUUUGCAAUGAAUUCUGAAGCAGAAAAUCACAAGUCAGCAACAGUCAAAAUCCUGAAUGACCUAGCAGUGCUUCAUGAUCUUCUUCUGAAGGGCUGGUCAGAGGAGAGCUUUAUUCAAAAGGAAUUUCUGGAGAAUGAGCAGGAAAUACUGAACGUAGUGACAGCUCUAACAACAAAAAUUCAACAACGAGAGGAAAAGAUUGGUGAUAUUAAUAGCCAGCUACAAAAUAAGCUGGAAGGACUGGAUUCUCUGGUUGCCAAAAAAUCUAGAAUGGAUGAUCGCUGUUUUGCUGAAGGAGAAAGCACUGGAGCCCAGCAGGACGGUCAGUAUUUGGGGAUGCCGUGCAAGGUUCAUGGGGUUGCACUGCCUUCCUGUGAGUUCUGCUUCUAA